AUGACACCGCAAAGCCCCCAGUCCCCGUCCCCGCGUAUCGUGUCCCCGGCGACGCGCGCCAGCCUCCCGCCCAAGCCCGCGGCCGUGGCGUCUUCCCUCGUCGCCGCCGCCGGACGCGCGACGGACGAGGUGUUCGUGCCCUGUGCUGGGCUGCUCGCUGUGUUGGGGGAUCCGGCGUGGGCUAGGGCGGGGGGUAAGCGCAAGCGCGCGGGCGAGGGCGGGGAGGAAGGUGCCGGUGGUGGUGGUGGCGACGACGAGUCGGAGGAAGGCGAGGAAGGCGACGACGCCGACGCCGACGACCACGACCACGACGACACGGCCGAGCACCUCGACCUCGUCUCGGCCCCGCGCGUGGCAAUGACGCGCCCGACCGCCAACCUCCCCCUCGCCCCGCAUUACACCAGCGGCGCGCUCCUCCCGGCCCCGAUCCCAUCAAAGCGCGCGAAACGGCGGCGCGGAACCCGCGCGGGCCUGCUCCCCGCCGAGCGGCUCCCGCCGAUGCCUCUCCCUCCGCUCCCGCCCAUCCUCGACGCCGAGCUCGAGGCCCGCGUGUUCACCCACUCGUCGUGGAUCGACGGGACGCGCGGCGCGCGCGCGAGCUUCGAGGAGGAGCAGGAUGCCGCGCACUACGAGAAGCUCGAGCACGUCGGCGACGCGGUGCUCGGCAUGGUCGUCACGGCGUGGCUGCACGAGCUCAAGCCCGGCUUUCCGUGCGGCACGGCGACCAAGCUCAAAUCCCACCUCGUGUCCAACACGACGCUCUCACACCUGUCCGGGCUAUACGGCUUCCCGCAGCGCAUGCGCGCCGACGCGCGCCUCGCGCCUGUGCUCCGCGCGCAGACGGACGUCCGCGCAGCGCUCUUCGAAGCGUACGUCGCCGCCGUGCUCUUCUCGUACCCGCCGCACGCGCGCAACACCGGGCUGGCGGUCCUCUCCGGGUGGCUGAGGGAGAUGUACGACCCGCUCUUCGACUUCUUCUACGCGCACAUGCGGCGCGAGCAUGCGGUGCACGUCGCGGCUGUCGCUGCCGUCGACGGACUCGUGCAUGCCGCCUCGGACCCGGCAGAGCUGGAGCGCAUCGACGCCAUGAGCGAGGGCAUGGCGCUUCUUGUCGGCACGUAUGCGCGCUCCCGUGACCGUGUGGCCAGCUACGAGGUCGUGCGCUCUGAGACCAAUGUCGGCGCCCUGUGGUCCGUCAAGUGCCUCAUUGACGGCGUCGAGAUGGGCGAGGCGACGCGUGCCGUCAAGAACCGCGCGCGGAACGCCGCGGCGUGGGAGGCGGCCGUGCGGCUCGGGCUUACGGUGGGUUCGGGGGCCGACACGACGUUCUAG